AUGAUGGCGGUUCUUUUGACUCCACGGUUCCGCAGGCUCAGCAGCCAGAGCGAGCUCCGGCUUCCACGACGGGAAGACCUUCGGUUCCGGCUCAGCGCCGGGAGCAGUAUCACCCGGAAGAGAAAAACAGUUAUCACAGGAUGCUCCGGUCCUUUUCAAGCUACUCGGCUGUGGAAUGGUAUCAUUCACUCUCUUCAUACGCAAGUGGAAAUAAAAAGAAGACGACAACAUUUCAGAUCUUACAAAGACUGUUUUACAGGUUCAGAUGCUGUUGAUGUAGUGUUAGGUCAUCUUAUGCAAAAUAUAUCCUUAAGCAGCACUGACAUCUCCCGUCUAAAUGGAGUGCGUCUUUGCCAGGCUCUCAUGGAUCAUAAGAUAUUUGAACCAGUAGGAAUAAAGUUUUUCAAAAGUGAAAAGGAAUUGGAAUUUGAAGAUACAAAUAGUAGUCUCUAUAGGUUUCUGGGCUAUGAUCCCACUCAUGGCUUAUCUAAAAGAAAUGACCAUCCUAAAAAUAUGGGGCUUGAUCCAGUAAAAGCAAAAGGACUCUCCAGUAGAGUAGAAGAUGAAAUGAUUUCGAAUCCUUUAGCCCAAGAAAUUGAUGAGAAGACAAUUGAAGAACUAAUUCAUACUAUAAGUGGGCAUACAUCUUCCCUUCCAGAUAUCACAGUUGCCAAACCAGUCCAAGUACUUUCAAAAAAAGUUGUGGAAGAUGUGUGGAAAGAGCAAACAUUGUUAAGAAUCCUCCAAUUAAUUCACCUUCCAAUCUUAGAAAGGAUUUUAGAGCCUCCAGUUAAAAGACAAAAUGUUCAUUUGAACCAAGAGGAAGAUCUUAUCAUCUCAAAUACUUGCUUAGAUAGAGAAGUUAUUCAUGGCCUCAGCUUGUCUGAGAUUGACAGUUGGCUUAACGCAGCAAUUGAAUGCUUGGAAUAUUUCCCUGACCAGCUCAUAGUGAUGGUUAGUCAGCAGUUAGUUCAGAAUGCCAAUGAAGAAACAAAACUGAGUAUUCAUAAGAAGAUAUUCUUUGAUGUUAUAGUAAAGUAUUACAAUCAAGAGAGAGAGUGUUUACUUAAUGACAGUUAUUCUGAUGUUCAUUCAGGAAUCAUUGAACUUCUGGAGAAUGGGAAACAAGCAGAGGCUCUAGAAGCAUCCCAGCUCUAUCUGAGACUGCUGUGUCCCAACGUCAGGGAAGAAUUACGCAGACUCCUGACCUUUAUGGCUGCAGCAGCAGACCCUCAUGGCUACAAGUUACAAAAACAGUAUGAUAAUAAAACAGUGGUCAUGAAAAUGCUUUCUAAAGCCAUUUUUCAAGACAAGUCAUUGCCAAAAGAACAGACUGAGCAACUGGUCCAAUUUCUGCUAGAGAACCACUGUGAACUUCUUAAGACACCUUUGAAUUUGCUGGACCUGGUCAGUAGGAAACUCAAAAGCCUUCUUCUUGGAGAAGAUCCAGAUGUUAUAUCAGGUUUCACAUUUUGUCAGCGUUUGACUCGUGAAGAAUAUGAAGAGCAAAAACAAAGGACAAAUGAACAGCUUCAACAGUUGAUACAGGAGAUUAACAUCAGUUCCAGUAUCCCUUUCAAACAGAAAAAGAAAUUGAUGAAGGAAUUUCAGAAACAUCAUCCAUCAGCUUUGAAUUAACAUUUGGGGGCAAUAAAUUGGAUGCCGUUUGUACAUUGGGUUCUUGUAGAAGGUAGAAAGCAUUUUUCUUUGUACUGAUUCCUUUUAAAACUGCCAAAUUAACACUUUAGUAGAAAGAAGGAUGAUUAAAAGUCAAGUUCAUCCCUCAUUUAUGCUACUGAUUAGCAUAUUUGUGCUCCAAUUACACUACUGAAUGAUUUAGAAGUUAUGCUGCUACUAUCAGGGAUCUGGAGCAGUCAAGUCCCUGAGAAGCUCGCCUAUCUGGAUUUCAGAGAAGAAAUGUUCCUUACUGAAGUUCAAGAUAAGAUUCUUUCAAUGCUGAUGCUAUUUCCCCUUUACUGCUAGAGCAUAAAUGAUUCAAGAUGAUCUAAAAAUAUAUAAUAGAAGAGCAUCUUGAAUGUGGAUGCCCCUUCCUCCAGUGUGGAUUGCAGCCUUCCCCAUGUUCCAAGCUUUUGCCAUCCUUGCCCAUGCCUUUCAAGAAAUCCUCCAGACGUUCAUUCCAUCCCAAGCUUCUUGAAGCCUUUCAGAUUGUUCUAUUUCAUGUUUACCAGUGCAGCACUCGGCACAUCAGGCAUUUGUUUUCCCUCUCCCUUACUGCAUGACCAAUGCUUUCCUAGCCACAAACAUCCCUGAAUAUAUUUUUUUUGCUGCUACUUAGGGAAAUUUAUUGGUAAUAUCCUACAACCUAUUAUUCCCAUCAUGAAUCUUUUUUGUUAUUUUUCUCUCCCCUCCAAUCCUUUGAUUAAACAAAAAAUUUUUAAUUAAAAACUAAACUAAAAAUAAAACCUUAACAAUUAAGCACAGUUUAAUAAGAUAAAUUGCUAUGUUGACCAUAUCCAAAAAUCAUGUCUUAUCCUACAUUUUCUGCCGAUCACACCCCUGGCAUGCAGUAGAUCACCAUGUUUAAUUUUCCAGCCUCAGCCUCUGGAAGUGAGGCAUGGCAUUGCACUCCUCAGAAUUCUCAUCUUUCUCCAGUCUAAAGGUUUUCUUUAUAAUACUGUUAUCACUAGGGGGCAGUUAGGUGGUUCAGUAGAUUGAGAGUCAGGAGGUCCAGGGUUCAAAUUUGGCCUCAGACACUUCUUAGCUGGGUGACCUGGACAAGUCACUUAACCCCCAUUGCCUAGCCUUUACUGCCUUAGAACUCUACUAGCCUCUUCUGCCUUAGAACCAAUACACAGUAUUGAUUCUAAGAUGCAAGGCAAAGAUUUUUUAAAUUAUAACAAUAUUUAUAUUAUUGCAUAAAUUUUUUUUCUAAUUCCCUCUUCUUUAGUUCUUAGAGGUCUUUAUAGUUUCCUCUGAAACUUCCCUUUUUGUUACUUCUCAUGACUUAAUAUCCUAUAACAAUCACAUAUCAUAAUUUAGUUAUAAUUUCCAAGAUUUGGUACCAUACAUAUUUUUGUACAUAUGAAUCUUUUUCUUCUUUCUUUAAUCUCUUCAGGUUGUAGGCUUAGAAGUAUUUAAAACUGGACCAAUUUAAUGAUUUUUACAUCAAAGUUCCAAAUUGCCUUCCAGAACAGCAUGACCAAUUCACAGUUCCACCAACACAUGCAUCUUUCCAUUGCCCUCGGGGUCACCAAUUAUGAUUUUUCCGUGAGCAUGAUAUUCCAUGAUUCACAAUCCAGAACAUCAUUGACCCUUUGGCAUUAAAAGGAUGCAUUUUUGUGGCAAUGAGGGAUUUAGAACUAUUGGAAAUGUAAAGUUCUCCAAAUGUGAUAGAGGUAUCUCUUCACCUAUUUAAAUCUGUGCCUGACUCAUGCAAUGGAUGAAUUCAUUGAGGUUAUUCAACUGCCUGUUAGAAUUUGUAUAAUAAUAUUGUCACUGUCAUGUUUGUCAUCAGUUUUGCAAGUUGCAGAUACCUAGGCUAAUUACUUUCAUUGAUCAUGCAUUUCAAUGUAGAGUUCAAAGACCCCAUGCAAUUAGCAGUUUACUUUGUAAACAGCAACAGGGGGAGAACCUCACCAUCUGUAGGAAAUCCCCUCUUCUACUUUGGACUCUGGAUAUUACAUACUGUGACAUUUGAGAAUAUCUCAAGCAAAGAUGUUUAUGUUUUAUCCUUGCCUGAUGUUGGUCCUCAAUAGGCAAAGUCAUCUUUCUGAUCACAUCCACUUUGUAUAUUGUGUGUUAGUGGCCCACAUCCUGAAACAAAGUCUUUAAGGCUCACUAUGUUUUAAAAUUUAAAAAUGUACACUAUAAAAUAAGUAGGAAAAAUAACAAAAACAAAGUAGUAUAAGGAUUUGCAAAGUUAUGAUUCAAAUGUAACAGUAAGCGAUUGUUGCCAAGUAGCUUUAAAUUAAAUUGUUGCAAAUUGUUCCAAAACAUUGUUGGCCGAAAAACCUUUAUUCAAAUAUCAAUUCCAGGUAACUAAGAAAUUAUUUACCCAAACAUUUUUCCCAUAAAUUCUGUCUUAGAUUUAGAGUUAGUUAAGUGUAAAAGAUAUUUUAGGUUAAACAGUUUUUUUUCUUUGGGGGGCAUACAAAAAUAGAUAAAAACCUAGUCUUAAGAACAUUAAGUCACUUCUUUAACCCCAGUGCCUUGUCUAGUUGAAAAAAUGCACAAGACAAAAAGGGGGAUUUGUAAAAUAAGGGAAGAGAGAUUUUGCAUUUAGGAGAGAAACCAGUCUCUUGGAGAGACUAGCUGAAGAGAGGAUGGAGGAGGGGCAAAGAAAAGCCGAGAGUUCUGAGGAGGAAUCAGAACUUUGAAACCAGUAGACAGCCACUUCCAGCCUGGGAGGUGGAGAAGGGUGGAUCUCCUGAAAGCUGAGAAGCCCAUUCAUUUGAGACUUGCUUUCCCUUCUGAGACCCUGAAAUAUCUUCACUAAGACUCAACUACAGCUAUCUAAAGUCUUCCAAGGGGAAUUGUGGAUUUGGGUUUUUGACCAGAGCCAUCUAGAUCCUUCUCUGGAACAUCUCUCUCUCUCCCUUACUUGUCCCUUGACUUACACUUUUUAAGGUCUAGUUAGUUUAAGAGUAGGGGCAAAAAAGCAGUUGGCAAAAGGAGAGGUCAGGGCUGAGAAGCCUUUGGCCUCCAAACUCUGAAAGACCAAUCUGCAAGACAGGAAAAUCUUUAGGGCUUCGUUUUACCCACUUCCCAUUUUUCCUACCUAAUACCCCUGCCAUAACCUUUCCUACUUCAACCCCAAUAAAUCAUUUGAAAUUUAGGACUUUGGGUUUGGGCCUGUCUUUAAAUAAUAUAACAAAGAGGAUUAAGAUUUGAAAUCAUUGAGACUCUCCUGUGACCUCUCAAAAAGCUUGGGAGUGACACUUCUCACCAAGAGAGGGUUUGAUUUUCCAAACCCCAGUGACUCAGUACUGUCUGACCAAGGAAACUGACAUCUUCUUGGCAACUGACCAUUUCUAAACCCCUGAAAGGCUGACAGUUAAUGUUCCCUUGGGAAGCAGAAGAAUAAGGGAUCCUCUUGCCUCUCAAAGACAGAUUUGACCUCAGGAGCCCUGGGAUCCUCUGAAGGAGGCAUCUUGCUACUGAACUGAGGCAAUCCCACUCUAGUCUUCUGUCCUCCCAUCUCCCAGAUAACACCCCCGUGGAGCCAGACUCUUUUCAAAGGGACAGGACUUGGCUUAUCUCUCCCUAUAAGUAAAGGAGGAAAGAAACAAAUCCUUUCACUCUCAUCCCUUUUCCCUCCUUCCUCCCAUUCUCCUCCAUUACAACACACACAGCAAGUCUCAACACAGAUUUAAAAGAAGCACUGUUAAAAUACAGUCAGCAGUCAUCUGCCUCCAGAGAAAGCACUGAUGGAUCCUUAAUACAAACUGAAUGUUUUAUUUUCUUUUUUGUUUUGUUUUUGAGUUCCACAAAAUGACUAAUAUGGAAAAAUGUUUUACAUUUUUGCACAUGUGAAAUUUCUAUCAUAUUGCUUGCCAUCUCAGGGACAGGGGGAGGGAGAAAUUGCCUCAAAAUUAAAAAAAUAAAAAAUGUUAAAAAUUGUUUUUACAUAUAAUUGAA